AUGGAGACCGGUUCGCAUAGUACUGAUGAUUCUUCAACCAAUAACAUGUGGUAUAACAGUUGGUUGUACUCAAUUUUAAGCACAAACGAUAAACAAGGCUCACUACAACUACUCAGCGCAGAUUUCUACUCAUAUGCGCUGUUAAAAAGGUUCAAAAACUUGAAGGAAACAGCAUUAGGUAUAUCAAGGAGCUCCAUCAAUGUAAACCCGGAAAGGAUUAAGAAUUUAAUAAAUUUAAGCAAGCAGCAGUUGCGAGGAGUUAAGAGUAACCAUAGCCAAAGGGAUUACAAAAAGGAUUAUUUUGAGAGUUCGGACUACAAUGAACCAUGUGUGACGAGGCCUUCGGGGAACAGGCACAAGUUUCUGGAAGGAAUGCUGCAAAUGGACCCGGGCAGGUGCACGGAAGCGAAGUACAGCUGGGUGUUCCACGAGUUUGAGAACUACGUCAUCAAGCUGUUCUCAAUACAUCCGACGCUCUGGUCGGGCAGGAGAGGAGUGUUCAUGGAGGACGACGGGGCAGCCGUGAAUUCGUGUCUGAACUACGUGAGGUUCUACGAGUCAGCAAUGCACCUCCUAUCGCAAAAACUGCACCACCACUUCUACCUGACGGUGUUCCUGCUGAUCGUGCUGCUGAGGAACGCGAGGAGGCUGCUGCACCACUACAAGACGAACGCGACCUUCUUCGAACUCACCCUGAUAAUGGUGGAAGGGAUACAACUCUGCCAAAACCACCUGUACAACGCCUUUCUGUCAGACGAACGGAUAUUCAGAAGCCCACUGCACGAAGAUAAUUACUAUCGCGUGGAACACGAGGAGUCGAUCAAGUCCCACAACGACGAGUGCAACAACUGCAAGAAUCAAAUAAGCAACAUCUGCAAGGACGAGAAGCUUAAGUUGGAAGUGGACGCGUCGCGCGAAGGGAGCACCGUCGGCGAUGAGGACGGGUCUGCGGGACCCGAAGACUCGUGUAGGUCCGAACGGAGUGCGCUUGGAGGAUACGGCGACUUCAUCGGCGCGCACGAGAGCACGUACCCGAGGAUGACGAAGCGAGAAAGCCACUUUGGACCGAGUUUGGACUACGACAAGUCGGAAAUUUUCCACCUACAGUACCUGAACGUGGUCCUGGACUGCGAAGUGGCGAAGUGGAUAGCGGAGCUGUGUAAGCUGGCGCGCGUGUACUGCAAGAUGGGAAAGGGGCCAGUGCUGCUGGAAAGAAAGUACACGAAAUUGGUGCCGGAUCCAAAGGGGUCCGUUAUACCAAGUCUGUGCACGGCUCAGUUUACAAACCUGUCAGCACAUAGAAAAGUAAAGGAGAACCGAGCGACGCGUUAUAAGAAGAAACGCCAAGUUCAAAACCAGGAGCAUAAAAAGCAUGGUCUCCUGUAUCACCUGAGCAGCCACAGACACCACGAAGAAAUAUUGAGCAGAAUCCAAUCAAUAUCAGAGUCGAUAUCGAGAUCGCUCUCUCAAAGUCAGUCGGCGUCACAAACCUCACGGUCGUCGCUAUCGCAGAGCAUGCUCGAGUCGCCAAACCUAUCGCAAUCGCAUUCGCAGAUUAGAGACCAAACGCCAAGGGAGUUGAUAUCACAGAGUAAGGACCUCAUGGAACGAUUUGAAUUCAGCGACGACCCCGGAUCGUCGGCGUCGUCAGACCAGGUUACACCGCAAAGCAGGUCUGUUUCACAGGGCAAGGCAGCUAAAACAGCUAGUCCAGCAAAGGUUAAAGAGAAAGACCCCCCUAAGCCUAAGAAGAGGAGCGGGAAGCCCGAAGUAAAGCCGAAGAAGAGCAAGUACCAGAAGUGGAACCUGGAGGAGGUCGAGCUCUUCAUAAAGGCGCUCAACACGUACGGCGACGGAAAGUGGCGACACAUAGAGCAGAUGUACUUCCUGGGAAAAAAAUCCCAGGCGCAGCUCAAGGACAAGUGGGUGAACCUCGUCAAGUUCGGCCACAUUAAAAAGGUGGACAUAAUCAGGGAGAACGGGACGAUCGGCCGAAUCUGGGUGCCGGUGGAGUCGCCGGGCAUCACUGACUUUAAGGCAAAGUAA